AUGGCCUCCCUGCUUGGAACGGCCGAGCUGCCAGCUCUCUGCAAUCCAGAGAAUGACUUCCUCUCUCACUUCUCUGCAACCUUUGGUGCGUGCGUGCCGACCAAGCUCGCCUUUGUGUCUUCGCUCCUCGGUACACUUAGCAUAACGGCCUGGCUCUUCGCACAACUGCCUCAAGUCGUCAAGAAUUACAGAAUAAAGUCAACGUCAGGACUGAGUAUCAUAUUCCUAGGGGAGUGGUUACUUGGGGACGCAACAAACCUCACAGGCUCAUUACUUACCGGCCAAGCUCUAUGGCAGAUUAUCAUAGCAUUCUAUUACUGCUUCGUUGACUGCUGCUUAGUGGGGCAAUGGCUAUGGUACGAGCACCUAAAACAUGGUCGCCCCUUGAAAAGUGUCUGGGGGAGAUGGAGGGACAACACAGACGAUAGCUCGAGCGACUCGGAUGCCCUAUCCAUCGCAUCAGCAAAAGGCUCUAGGAGCGAGUGCGAUUCUCGCGCCAGUUCCCCGAGGCCAAUCGAGCGAACCGCUCUUUACGUCUCGCUCUUAUUGGCUGUUGUUGCUCGCGCUUCUCCUGUCGACACUUCCUCCAUCACAAUCGAAGAGGCAAAACAGAUUUCUGUCAGCGUCGCCAUCGGUACCUUGUGUUCUUGGAUGUCCACAUUCCUCUACCUAGGAUCGCGCCUGCCUCAGCUAUACAAGAAUUACACGAGGAAGAGCACAUCUGGCCUUUCCCUAACGCUAUUCGCUGCUGCCUUCUUUGGAAAUCUUUUCUACUCCAGUUCCAUGAUCACCAACCCCUGUUUUUGGUACGAUUUUGCUCCUGCAACCACAGCUCUGCCAUUCUUUCUUGGUGCCGCAGGCGUUCUUAUCAUGGAUGCGGCUGUUGCAUGCCAGUUCUACAUGUACAAGUCCAAGAGGAGCAAGACUCGCGAAGAGGUAUUAGUGGUGGUUGUACCUGAUCCGAAUGACCAGGGCCGAAGUUCACCCUCCAGCCGAAGUCAAAACGAAGGUUUGAAAUGGAAAUGGCGCAGAGUCAGCGGCUACAUGCGGGGCUGGGUCCCUAGUGUCGGUGCAGUUGGCAUGCUAGUGCGGAAUAAUUCGACAUCAGAGGUACAAGAGGAUAGACAGGGGCUUCUGAGCACGGAGAGUAGAAGCGGGACUUAUGGAGGGAUUUGAUGAAGAGUCGAAAGGCGAUCGAGCCAAUCUCAUUUUGUUGCAUUUGCCGCGGAAUUUUCACACCGGCGUUUUGGGAUGCACGCACAUGUAGGAUGAUAUUAUGAAUAUACGAUACUAUACGUACCACGUACAAUGGCAUGAGUCAAGUGACC